AUCAUAAUAGUGAGGCCCCCAACGUGAAACAGAGAAAGCCCCUUGAUAGUUGACUCGAGAAUUGUGAUUGAAGAAGAACACAUACGCAUUCUAAGACUGUCCACCAGUGAACGAGUACGGAGCCUUAUGUAUUGUCUGUGAUGAAAUGUACGUGACCUACAGAACGUCUUCGUGUGCUUGGCCUCGGCUCUCAGGUAGCGCCCGGACGGCGACCCAAACCUCUGUCAGUAAAUAACAAAUUAGGAGCAUUAGUUUGUCGAGUGAUAGUUUGGCCUGAUGCGGAAGGCACGGUCGACGGUCGCGCUGGAGGAUGUGGAGCUCGGGGAGCCCGACCCAGUGUUCAAGACGAGAGGUGGAUCUGGGACGCGAGGUGCACCUUUGAAUGGCCAGGCGGAGCAGGGCAACGGCGCGGCGGGCCCCAGCAGUAGCAAGGCGGACAGGGCUGAGCGCGUGGACCGCGCAACAGAGCGGGCGGCCGAGCGGGCGGCUGAGCGGGCGGAGCGUGCAGAGAGGCAUCGUGUGCAAGAGGUGGAAGCUAUGGAGGGGGUAGCGCUCACAGGAGGCGCGGCGGCUUCGUCUUCGUCGUCGCCGGGGGCACUGCCCAAGUACCGCAGCAACAGCCAGGACCUCAUUAUGGGGGCCAUCUACAAGUACACGCUGUGGAUUCUGGCAGUGGGGCCGUGGAAGGUGGUCAAGGGCUGCUCCUGGGUGCUCAACCGCUGGCAGCGCUUCGUGUACCCGCUGUCGUACGCGUUGUUCUACGCCGGUGACGCCAUGGACCGCACCAUGCCCACCGUCCGCGCCGUGAUUGUGUGGUUCUGGAACACCACCAGCCUCGCGCUGCACUUUGUGGACGUCAUCCUCAUCUUUGGCGUCAUCAACAUCCUCAGCAACAACGGCAACGGCUGGGUGGGGCUGGUGAUGGGCUUGCUGUACUUUGAGAGCCACUACCUCAUGGCUGUCAUCAUGUAUAUGGAGAACGACCGCCCGCUGGACUGCCCCGUGUACACGGGACUGGACCUGCUGAACUUCUUUAGACGCCAGCUGGACGUGUUGUUUUUCGACAUUCAGCUAGGCGCGUCCGUGCUGCACUCCAACAUCAUGAUCGAGGGCAUGACCCAGAUGAUGCUGCAGGGCUACGAGGAGGCGCGCGUGUGCCUGCACAUGAUCAUGAACUCUCUACCCGCCGCCAUCAUCCUGGGCGUGCUGUACGACGCCAUCUAUGCUCUGAAGGACCAGUUCUCGAACAUCAUUAACAACAAGGCCAAAAUCAACCUCAUCUACGCGGCCUUCGUGUUUGCCAUCCUCAACGUCGUCGACAAGUUCAUCCGCAUGUCGCUGGCCGACCCCUGGCUGCACCCGCUCAACGAGGACGGCUACCCGCUGCUGUACAUGCGCAGCAACGCCGCACGGCUGCCGCGGGCCAUGGUGCUGGACUUCGUGUUCAGGUGCAACGUGCAGCUGGCGGAGUCGGAGGACAAGCUCACGCUGCGGCCGCUGUACGACAAGUACGUGGUCAACGUGCGCGGCAAGCCGAAGCAGCUGGCUGACGGGCACAAGAUGUACCUGCUGCGCAAGGCGCUGCGCACUUUCAACAAGGGCACGGUGCGCUUCAACCGGGCGGAACAGCUCGCACGCAAGGUGGACCAGCACAUCCUGCGAGACCAGGUGCUGCAGGAAACGCGGACGGUGCGGGCGCUGGAUGCGUCGAACAUCCGGCCAGGCAUGCACCUGAGCCGCAUGCUGGAGGAGGUGCUGGCGGAGACCAACGGCUUCGACCUGCUGUCGCUGGCGGACAACCGCCUGGACGACGACGGCGUGGCGCACGUGGUGGAGGGGUUGAGGCACAACGUGUACGGACUGAAGAUACGCGACCUGGACCUGUCCAACAACGACGUGGCGAUCAAGGGCGCGGAGGCCGUGGCCACCUACAUCAUGCAGUUCAAGUGCAUUGAGAACCUGAACCUCAACAACAACAUCAACCUGGGGGCUGUCGGCAUCAAGGCCAUCGCCUCGGUUCUCAACGAGGACAGUGUGCUGGUCAGCCUGGACCUGUCCUUCUGUGACGUGGGCGCGGAGGGCGCGGCGGCGCUGGGCGCCAUGCUCAAGGGCAACAAGGGGUUGAGGCGGCUGAUGCUGGCGUCCAGCCGCCUGGGCACGUCGGGCGUGGACUCAAUCUGCAAAGGCAUCGCCAAGAACACGAUCCUUCGCGAGCUGGACCUGUCCAAGAGCGGAUGCGACGACAAGGGCGCCGCUCACCUUGCGGUGGCGCUGCAGCAGAACAACACGCUGGAGCGGCUGCACGUGGGCAACAACCGCAUCACGGACGUGGGGGCCAAGGCGCUGGCGGACGCGCUGCAGGCCAACACGGGCCUGCACUUCGUGGACCUGAGCGGCUGCCCCAUGGACAAGAGCUGGAAGAAGCUGCUGCACAACAUCAUGAAGGGGCAGGGCGGCGGCGCCAUGGCGGGCAUGACGGGCGGCGGGCUGGGCGGCGGCCGCGGCGGGUUUGAUGGGCUGUAGGGGGUUAUCUACGAACCAAUGGGCUGUGGGGGGGCCCUUCUGGGGGCUGUAGGCGGGGUAGUUUAUUCUAAUGCCACAAAACACAAGAGGGCGUAGCGGGGCAGCAAGGGUGGGGCGUGGAAAGGGGUGAGCGGGGCUGGGUGUCGUAUUAUCGACGUGCGUUGCGGAACUAAUGCGACCGUAGACCAGAGCGGAAGGCGGAGUGGGCUGGAGAACACUAGCGCGUAUGUUUUAGAACGACGCGGGCCCAGCCGGCCAUGGUGCUACAAGGGGUUUGGCAAAUGGGCGCGUGGAGGCCGGCAAACAGGGAAGACGAUGAUUCGGGGUGACGUGAGCUUCGUGAGAGGCAGGCGCGUCAUGCGGUGCAUAAAAUGCAGCCGGCCGUUUGUGUGCACGAUUAUCUGCAUGAGCACCUUGUCUUGUCUUGUCUUGUCAGGGAGGAGAGGAUUGAGACGGACGCUGGAGACAUGUUGAGCGUGUGUGCGCGGUGUGUGGCAAAGGCGGAGUGCUGCUGGAGAGCUAGCUAUGGUGCACAAGCGAUCCUUCCCUGUUGAUGGUGCGCUGGUAGAGGCCGGUAUCAAGGUGAAGGUGGACGUGAUUUAGUACCUUUAAAGGGAACUUGGGGGAGGGGGCUUGUCUGCAACCAUCGGUCAUAUGUACUGGGCCACGGAAACGCCUCAAAACAAAUGGCAGUGCAGGCUGUAAACUUCUGGUGGAUGAGACGUUCAAAGGCACUCAUGCGGCAUGGUUUGAUGUGAGCGCCUGGACUUGUCCUCGUUCGGCUGCUGCGCCUGCGCUUGCCAGUUGCCACUGCAAGUUAUCUCGUGGUAUCAGGCAGCACACAUCACCAAGUACGGACGUCGGACUUGCCUUCGCCUGCAAAUUCCUUUUUCGUCGACC